AUGCAAUUGCUGGAGGCCACGUUUGGAGCCUGGGUCCUUAAUCACCGAGCUCCCUGCAACGUCCGCACGGAGGAAAGUGCUGGAAGGCAGCCCCAGCUGUUAAUGAUUACCAGUGGGCAGGCCCCUUCCCGGCUGCGCUCCCGCCCCGGGGCGGCCCGAGCGCCGCCCCGUGGGACGGCUUCCCAGUGCGCUCGGCGUCUCGCUCGUCUGCUCCGCCGCCACCAGCUCCUGCCCGCGCCCGGCAUGGCUGGCAAAGCACACAGGCUAAGUGCUGAGGAGAGGGACCAGCUGCUGCCAAACCUGCGGGCCGUGGGGUGGAACGAGCUGGAAGGCCGGGAUGCCAUCUUCAAGCAGUUCCAUUUCAAAGACUUCAAUCGGGCUUUUGGCUUCAUGACAAGAGUGGCUCUUCAGGCUGAGAAAUUGGACCACCAUCCUGAAUGGUUUAACGUGUACAACAAGGUCCACAUCACCCUGAGCACUCAUGAGUGUGCGGGCCUUUCAGAACGGGACAUAAACCUGGCCAGCUUCAUCGAGCAAGUAGCAGUGUCCAUGACAUAGACCCUGCCCUUCCUCUCUCAGUUCUUCAGGGGAAAGGGGCCACUGAACUGGGGAUCCAGAGAGGGAACUGGGGAGCCCUGAGAUGUUGGUGCAGUCAGAAGGGCCAAGUUGACCCCG